CCGAGUUAACGCUACCGGACUUCGGAGACUUGUCCUGAAACGUGUGUGAAAGCUUACGCACGCAAUUUCGAAACUUCAGAAGUCCAGGGACUGACCCGGAGCUCAUGUGAGACGCCCUGGGAGGGAACGGCGUUGGGUCCUGGCAGCGCGGGUGUCGGAGUCCGCCGAACUGGGGUCCCGUGUAUUAGUGGAAGUUCGUUAGUGAGCGGCGAGCUAACGCUAACCCCACUCGUAGCACGACGUGGCUAAAGCCGAACUUACUUCGUUGAACAAACGUCGCGAAAGAGUAGAACUGGAAACUUGCGGCAGCUGUCUUGGUAAAGGGACCCGUUUCAGUGAGUUCUGCCACUUUUCCCCGCACCUUCGCUCAGUUUGUGGAGCUAAAUUCGAGCGGACUUGGGCAGGUAGGCGAUAGUUUGCACCUGUAGCCUCGUUGCUGAAAGCUAACAGAUCAAACUACGUGUGGCCUGUUCACCGGGAGGCUUUCUGUGGCUUCAGACUUUGGGAAAAGGGCCGGUAAAAGCUGGCAGUACUUUGUUACCUCGUUGUUCGUGAACACAUGAUUGAAAGUCCACUUUGUUUACCAGUUGUUGAGAGUGGCAGUGAGCUAAGCUAGCGUUAGUACUGCACUAAUGCUGGCGUCCGCCGAGGUUCACCGACACUUUGCGGUCACAGUUUGGCUUACGUGGAAAGAAAGCGAUGAGUAAACACAGCCACAUCGGACAGGAGCCACUUUCCUCCUGCGGGUAAGAGGGAGAGUUUCAAUUUCGCCAACAACUUUCCAACGAAGAACUUUCUAGUCAAAUAGGAAUUGCGCGUAACGGCAUGGCACCUACUCCGGACACUUGUUUCUCACUCUUAUCUCAGUCUUACUUGAAAAGUGACACUAAAGAGUAAGAGAUUCGCCACCCCUGAAGCUAAAUGUGAGCGCACCUUAUGGUUGUGCUGUGGGCCCCGAGCCAUGGAUGUUCCCCAGGCCGUUUCCCCGAGCGGUGAGGGAUGCCGCGGUGAGCCCCCUGGCCGCCCGUGGCCCCCUCACUCUGCACCGGUGUGCUCUCGCUCCCGCUCGCUGUGGACUGCAGUGUAUGACUACGAAGCAAGCGGCGAGGAUGAGCUGAGCCUGAGGCGCGGUGACGUGGUGGAGGUGCUGUCCAAGGAUGCAGCCGUGUCAGGGGACGAAGGCUGGUGGACCGGCAAGCUCAACCACCGCGUGGGCAUCUUUCCCUCCAAUUAUGUCACAUACCAGCCUACUGUUUACCGACGAGAGGCUGUGCCUGCGUCUCCUGUGCAGAUCCCCUUCAGGGAGCUCGUGCUAGAGGAGAUAAUCGGCGUUGGAGGUUUCGGUAAGGUGUACCGCGGCACCUGGAAGGAGCAGGAGGUGGCGGUAAAGGCGGCCCGCCAGGACCCCGAUGAAGACAUCAUGGCUACAGCCGAGAGCGUAAAGCAAGAGGCCAAGCUCUUUUCCAUGCUGCAGCAUCCCAACAUUAUCAAACUCGAGGGAGUGUGUUUAGAAGAGCCCAACCUGUGCCUAGUGAUGGAGUACGCUCGAGGGGGCACUCUCAACCGGGCUCUUACAGGCAGGAGGAUACCCCCGCACAUUCUGGUAAACUGGGCCGUGCAGAUUGCUAGAGGCAUGCACUACCUCCACGAAGAUGCUGUGGUGCCUAUAAUCCAUCGAGACCUGAAGUCCAGCAAUAUUUUGCUACUUGAAAAAAUUGAGAACAAUGACAUUGGUAGGAAGACACUGAAGAUCACCGAUUUUGGGCUUGCAAGAGAGUGGCACAAGACUACCAAAAUGAGUGCUGCUGGCACAUACUCUUGGAUGGCUCCUGAGGUCAUCAAAUCCUCCCUCUUCUCCAAAGGCAGUGAUGUGUGGAGUUAUGGGGUGCUCCUUUGGGAACUGCUGACAGGAGAGGUACCUUAUCGGGGGAUCGAUGGUUUGGCUGUUGCUUAUGGAGUGGCUGUCAACAAAUUAACACUUCCCAUCCCAUCCUCUUGUCCUGAGCCUUUCGCCAAGCUCAUGGAAGAAUGCUGGGAGCAAGAUCCUCACAUCCGACCAACAUUUGCUGCUAUCCUGGAACAGUUGACAGCCAUAGAGGAGGCAGUAAUGGCUACCAUGCCGCAGGACUCUUUCCACUCAAUGCAAGACGAUUGGAGGGUGGAGAUCCAGGAGAUGUUUGAUGAGCUGCGGACUAAAGAGAAGGAACUGCGUUCGCGUGAGGAGGAAUUGACACGGGCAGCGCUGCAGCAGAAGUCGCAUGAGGAGCUCUUGAAGAGGAGGGAACAGCAGUUGGCCGAGAGAGAGAUCAACGUGCUUGAGCGCGAGCUCAACAUCCUCAUUUUCCAGCUCAACAAGGACAAGCCCAACGUCAAAAAGAGGAAGGGCAAGUUUAAGCGCAGUCGUCUCAAGCUUAAGGAUGGAAACCGCAUCAGCUUGCCUUCAGAUUUUCAGCAUAAGAUCACAGUGCAGGCUUCACCUUCCAUGGAGAAAAGGAGGAGCCUCAACAGCACCAGUUCCAGCCCCCCUAGCAGCCCUACUCUCAUCCCCCGCCUGCGUGCCAUCCAGCUAACACUUGAUGAAAGCAACAGAACAUGGGGCAGGAGCACUAUUUAUAAACCUGAGGAGUUUGAGGAUGCAAAGAAGGGCAUAAAGAAGAAGGUUCGCACGUGGGGACCGAGCUCCAUUCAGACCAAGGAGAGAGGAAACUGUGCUGAAAGAGUUCGACCACUGUCAGAUGGAAGUAACCCUUGGUCUACUAGUCUCAUGAAGUCUCAGAAAUCUGUACCUCUGGCUGCAUUAUUUGCAGAGCAGGGAAUGGCUAAAGAUGACCUGAGCUCUACUGAUGCUUCAGACAACAAACCAAAGCAACUCAAGUUCCCUAAUCAGGUGUAUAUUGAUCUACCUCUGUGGAAGGAUGAGCAGGGUGAGGGCGCAGGGCCUGGUGCAGGAGGGGGUGGGGCUGAAAGCCAGGAGGAUCCCACCACCUCCACUAGCUCUACCAGCACCACCCCUCAGCACACGCCUACCAACAGCCUGAAGCGUUCAAGCGGGCGCCGCCGCACUGAUUCAGUGCUCUAUGGCUGUGCCUCUAUCCUAGCAUCCGUGGCUCUGGGCUUCGACCUCCGGGAGGUCCACAGGGCUAUAGCCAGCGAGGAGCUGGAGCCACGGGAGGAGAAGAAAAAGCGCGAGGGUCUCUUUCAGCGGGCCACACGCUUCCGUCGCAGCACCAGCCCCCCUAGCGGCCGCUCACGCAAAGACGAUGCUUCACCGGCACCUGUCAACCUGCUGGCCAUGUCUUCCAUCUCAGAGUGCAACUCCACCAAGUGUCUGCUCCAGUCGGACUACGAAGGGCCCGAGCACAGCCCUGUGAAAGAGUCACAGCCAGACUGCUCCAGGUUAUAUCAGGUUGGCCAGGUAGUAUUGCCAACCCAGAGUGGCAGGACCCUAAGCAGAGAACAUGCUCCUGGACCAGACCACAACCAUGCCCCUAGCUCCCGGGUUAGGAGGAAGAAAUCCAGCCCUGCUGUUUGUCACAACACUGGUACCAGUAACUCUGUGACCAACCCUGCAGUCUCAUCCUCCCAGAGGAAGAAGCCUGACCGAGAGACCAGCCAGGAGAAGCAAAUCCCACCAGAAUCGGUGUCCAGACCAAGACCCCUCUCUCUAAGAGGUAAACCUCACUCCUGGGGCCUUCUGAGGAGUCGUAACAAGAGUUACUCUCUCGGGCACUACUCUGGAGAGAAGAGUGCCCAGAACCUGGGGAUUGUGCUCUCUUCUGAGGUCAAAGUGGGCUGCUCUCUGCUGGAUAUGGACACAGAGGGUCAGAAACGCGAUUGCACUGUUCCCCUCUGUCGAAUUCAGAGCACCCCAAGUCGUCCCUCUGUCUUUGAACUGGAAAAGGAGUUUUUGUCCUGAAAUAAGCUGCCUCUCCUUACGGAGCAUGAAACAUUUUUUGACUUGACAAAAGAUUUUCCACUUUUCAGGAUUCACUGAACACCAUGGCUUUUCUCCUAAUUUUAAGCUAUUGCUGCUGGAGUUAUCAUGUUUUACCUUUUUAUUUAUAUUCAGUUUAUUUUGAUAAGUAAUUUAAUAUGAAAGGACAUAUGAAGAGAAUGAUCGACAUUCCAUUUUACUGAAGAGUUGCCAGUGUGUAGCCUGUUUGUUUUUACACUACCACUUGACUUGUGCACAUUCCAUAUGAAGAGGCCAGAUCUCGGCAUAUGAUGGUACUACUGCUGUUCAAGAGCAUUGUAAUGUGCUUUUUUUUUUUUUUUUUGUAUUAGAUACAUGAUCGAGUUACAUAUUCUUUAUUCAUCCUGAAUGUUUAGAAUGAAGUUCGUUAUGAAUUUAAAAAUUCUGGAAAUCAAAUACUACUGUAGUCUGCUCUAAUCAGAUUCUUUUAAUCCCAGUCCCUCCCCCCACCCCUACUCAUUUCUUGGCCUUUGCGUAUGUAGCUGUGGUGGCGCAGGGAGACUUUGGUGUACGGGGUGGAUUGCUUUUCAGUAUUGUCCUUUACUCCGGUGAGCUGGUACGAAUAAGCAAAUCAGAGACGGUGACAGAAAAUGUGUGAGUUCCCUGUGGAAGUUACAUGGGUCAUAUGACAGCUGAGGGACAGAAUGACUUCCUCUGUUUUUAACUGGACACUUUCUGCUCUUCUGUAGAUUUCGCUGUAGUGAAUGUUCCAACAUUUAGAUUGUUUGUUUUAAUAAACCACCCAUGGUUUCCCUGCAGCUUACCACAGCUUUUUCCAUAGUGUUAUCCUUAGAAGCGUUGGCCUUGUCUGGCCUGAUUGAAAUAGCUUAGUUAAUCAUUGUGCAGUCAGUAUUACGAUAAUCAGCCUUGCUCUUUCAGAUUUAUGCCGGACGUUUUCUUGCUGUGUAGACCUUUUCGGCUUCCCACAGGUGACCUUUUCUUGAUAUCUCCAUACCUGCAGAACCUUUGAGCAUUGUCUGACAUUUGGCCAAUGUCUAUUGGAUAUCUAAGUGCACUUUUAUUGUGCGUGGUUAGUUUACUUACCAAAAGGUACAAGAACCAGACAUGCACUGUGUGUCCUAGUGCUACCUUGUCAGUGUUUUCUCACGGUAACACAGCUGCGUAGAAGAAACUAAAGGAACUAUUUGUAUUUGUUAAUACAUGCCUGAAUAUCCCCAGUUGAGGAUGGAGAAGAGUGAAUUGUCUUCAUCACAACUUCAAAACUCCAUCUGAAGUAACUUACAGCCCUAAAACAGAAUUUCAGGAAAGUGUUGCCUGAAAAGUGUGUUUUCACAGGAAUAGCUGUGAUAAUUGCAUAUCCUGCCCCAUUUGCCUUUGGCUUUUGAGUGAAGUUGUUUCAUUGCACACUCUAGGAUUCAGCGUAGAAUGAUAACUGUUAUGUUAAUAUUAAUGCUCCAUGUUUUUGUUGGGUUUUUUUUUUUUGGGCAUUUGAAGACAAUAGUGUCUCGUUGGAUGGAGUAAUGUGACUUUGAUGAGCUAAUGCGUUGAAUCAGCUGACUUAAAAGAAACAUUUUUGAUGCCUUCUUCAACACGGUUCCAGACGGACUCAGUAAUUGGCAAUCUAUUCCCUAACUGUCUUUUGGCUUCUGCUUCUCUGAUUCUGAUCUGUUGUUUAUUUUUAAGUGAAUGGACACAGAAUUGCUUCCUCCUGCCCCAACAAAUUCAAGGCCGCUAAACAGACUUGAUUACUUGGUUUCAGCUCAGAGCUCUGAAGUAUCAGUGCACCUACUGAAGUUUGCAGUUCUCUGAAAAUGACUUCCAGAAUAUUAAAAAAAGGGCUGCUAGGAGGGGCAUGAACAUUUAUAAUGGUGCUUUAAGGUACUGGGUUCAGAAGAAGGCACAAAAAGUGGAUAUGCAUGCACUUCGUGUUUUUAAAAGGCCUUUUCUUUUAUAUAAUCGCAUGGUUGUUGACGGUCACAGCCUGCCUAGAUAUUCAUCGCAGUGCAGAUAUUAUUCUAAGCUCAUUUGUUUCGGUUGUAUUUUCUCAAAUGCUUUUAUUUUGUUGUCCUAGACUUUGUUUUUGUGCAUCAUUUAUUACUUUCUUUGUCUCCUUUGCGCGUCACUUGAUAUCAGAUAACUGGAUCUGGGGGACUAAGAGGAAAUAAUAAGUAAAUGUUUAUUUGAUGAACUCAGUCUGCCUGAAUUGUGAUAUUAACUAAUUGUGCUAUUAACUAUAUAUAUAUAUAUAUAUAAAAAAAUAAAUAAUGCAUAUGUGCUUUGAUUGGCGGCAAGAGAAUGUGAUCGCUCCAGUCAAAGUGUAGAUGUGAUGAAAGUGUAGUGUCACUUUAACGAAAGAUAUUCUAGGAUCUCCAGUGUAAUUUUAAUCUUUGUGAGUUACCUCGCUUAUUCGCAAAGGUCUGGACCUUCUUGUGAAGUAGCUGUGUGUGUCUGGUCUGGUCACGAUGUCAAAAUGUCCUAAAUUAGCUGCACAUUCAAUGUGGUGAUCUUGGCAUCUUUUUAUGUAGCACUGUGAUUUUUUUUUUUUUUUUUUUUAUGACUUUUUAUUUCGAUCAUGUAAUGACAAACAUAUGUUUUCAUGUGAAAUUGAUUCUAUUAUUAUUUUAAAGUGUUAUAUAGACAGGACUGGCAGAGUGCUGAGUGAGGCUGGAACUGCAGUUGCACGCUUGAUUUUUAUGAACAAAAGACUGUGGAAACCUUGUGCUUUGUAUGAUGUCCAUACAGUAAUUAUUUUUACUAAGAUGAAGUAACGAUACAGUAGAGUAUCUUGAGAGGACAGUGGUAGGUGCUGUAUUUUUCAUUACAUUAUAGACUUCCACGCUGUUUCGUCUGGACACACUUUGUUAAAAUGCCCCAAAAUGCAUAAACGAUCUGAGCGUUUCACUGGAUUUAGGGACCAAACAAGACAUUUUCACUUUAAAUUUUCACCAAAGUUGAACUUUCUGUUGUGAGAAGGCAAAACCAGCAGUUUGGUUUGUGAGAUACGUUUGUUACAUCGCACACACAUACUGUAUUCAGUCAUUACAGAUGCCUUUGCAUCUUUUGCAUUCUUUCAGUGUCCGUUUGACCCACAUGACCAAAUCAAUGUUGAACUUUGUUUCUUGGAGGUGGGUUGCUGGUGCUCUUUACCAGCUAUUUGCUCCAAUAAUGGUUAAUGGGUUGAUCCCAGAGUUACUAUUAUUAUUGUACACAAGUGAUCAAUAAAUCCUUUUAUUCCUGA